ACUUGCGGACCGGUACAACUCGAGCUUAGGUGAGGACGAGCCCAGUCCGCUCCCUCGCCGGCACGCUUGCUCGUGAGUGAGGGAGAGAGCGCGACGGCUGCCAGCUGUCCCCGCCAAGCCAGGCAUCACAUGGGUGGGUGUCGUCACCAAGGUGCAAGCAGAGCAGGCUGGCAGGCAGGGCGGGAGGCCGGCGCGGCGAGUGGAGCCGCGCGCCCGACUUCAUUGUGCUGCACGCCUUUUGUAGCGGCGUGUUGGACGGGUUAAUUAGCAAGCAGCUUGCCGCGCCCAGCCAGUUUCAGGAAGAAGACUUGAGAUGGUUGUCUUGGGGCUGGCGCGCACGGCACCAGGUGACGCCUGGGCCCCGUCACACGCCAUGUCCGGCGGCACACACGUGGUCAGCGCGGCGCUCCGGAGUUGGGGGGACGGUCACAUCCGGCGGACACACUCGCCUCCCUUUGCUCGUCCGCAUUCUCAGCAGUACCUUGCCACAGAGUUUGGCGAUGACGAUUUUGAUCUGAGCUCGUUCACCAUGCCCAGUGAGCAGGACCGAAGUAAAAACGUGAUACCACAGCCACCUCCCCAGCAACAACAACAGCAGGCACCUCGCCAACCACACAUCUACAUUUCCUCGUCGGUAGGGCACGGCGGUCAGGCGCUGGGCGCAAUGCAGCCCAUGUCGCUGGCCCCUAACAUGGCCAUGAGCGAGUGCGUGGCCGGCGGCAUGGUCGGGGAGGGCGAGAUGGACUCGCUGGCCCCCAAGUUCCCGCCGCAGAACUUUGACGUUCCGGACAUUAGUCUGCUCAACAGCGUCACAUCGUCAGGCGCCAACAUCUUCCAGAGCCUGAGUUCCGUGCUCAACACAACGCCGUCCCACGUGUCCCAAGCUGCCAGUGGCGUGUACAUGGGGGACAUGCUAACCUCCUCCGCGCCCUCCACCAUGCACAUGACGGUAGUGCAGACGUCCUCAUCGCAGCAACAGCAGCAGCAACAAGUGGGGCAGCUGUCGACGAUCAGUCAGAGUCAGAUGGCCCAGCAUUUGAAUUUUCAGACUGCUCUCGCCAUGUCGACGUCGCCCGCCAGUUCCCAUAGCUCCUCGCCAGGCCGGGAGACCAGUGAGGACAGCGACGACUGUCUGCCCCUUGCUCAGUUGGUUUCCAUGAAACGCGCGGCUUCGGGCGUUCCCAUGGCAACUGGCGAGCCAGUACCCUCGGUGAUGCUGGCUAGCGUGGAAGCGCGCGUGCUGCCCGGUGUGUCGCCGUCAGUGCAGGCGGGUGGCGGUGGUCCAGCCUCGGACGGAUCGGAUGCGGCGGGAGGAAGUCCCGCCAAGAAACAGCGGCCGCUCAAAAAAAAGAAGAAGAAGGAUCCGAACGAACCACAAAAGCCGGUGUCUGCCUAUGCCUUGUUCUUCCGAGACACCCAAGCGGCCAUCAAGGGGCAGAAUCCAAGUGCUAGCUUUGGUGAAGUUUCAAAGAUUGUGGCAUCCAUGUGGGAUGGGCUAGAUGUUCAAAGUAAAGAGGUUUACAAAAAGAAGACAGAGCUUGCCAAGAAAGAGUACCUGAAACAGUUAGCUGCAUACAGGGCUAGUCAGGUGUCCCAGUCAGCAGCAGAGGAAUCCAUUAACAUGGAGAAGUCUCCAUCACCUCCCAGCCUACAACCUAUGACCUUAGCAUCAACAGCUGGAACUGGUGCUCAGGCUGUCAAUGCUGUGAGUGACAUCCACACUGUGCCCCAGCAACAGAUGUCACAGCAGUUGAUGGGGCAGUAUCCUAGCCCCCCUCACCUUCAAGAGGUUCCUGUAUCAAGUUACCCAAACUUGGCAUCCCCCACAACACUGGAUCCGAUGAUACCUUCACCUCAUGAUAAUGGACUCUUUCCUCAACCAGCCAUUCAUGAGAUGCCACCACAUGCCAAUGCACUUUGUGUGCGGGAUGGUUGCCAUAACAUGGCUGUGGAAAAUCCAGGGUGGGAUGCAGAGUACUGCAGUAAUGAGUGUGUUGUCACACACUGUAGGGACAUUUUCACAGCUUGGGUAGCAGCUCGUGGUGGGAGUAGUGCAUUCACAGUCAAGUGAGAAGAGACAUUGAGUCAUGUUGAGAGACUCUGCUCAUCUUUGUGUCCGUUGUAGCACCAGAAGUUGAAAACCACAGAAUGGCAAUUGGUGAAGAUAUGAAGAUAAUGCCUUUAGUCCAAGCCUUUACUUAUUAUAAGUAAAGGAAACUUUGUGUCUUGUAAAUGCUAUGUGAUGGUUUGUACAAUCUGCAGUUUUUGUACGGUAAAGUGGAUUUUGUUUAAGGGGUGAUCUGCAGGCUUUGUAUAAUGACCCGACAUAUUUCUCACUUGAUAUUUAGUGUUUGUUACCUGUUGAAAAUUUAGUUCUUUGAAUCCCAUGUUCCACUCUAUUUCUGUGCCUGCUGAAAUUAUGACCAGUCAGCACAUCUCUUCUCUUGAAGAUCUUAUGGACAGUUCAUUUAUACGUUAUUCCAAGAAAAAAGUUGAUUUAUUUCACCUUGAGCCUUCUCCUUUGUCAGAAAAUGUUGAAAAGUGUGUAAUGUUUUAUUUCGUGAAAGGUGACCAACAACCCCCCCCCCUCCCAAAAAAGAAAAAAACAGGUAACAGCAAGAAAUUCUUGAUAUAAAAAUAACUGCUCUUGUUGGGGCUGAGCUGGUAUGAGACUUGUGUGGUUGCAAUGCACAAAAUAAGACAGAAGAUUCAAAAUAAGAAAAGAAAGAAACUGAAAUUUAAGGGCUUAAAGGUAUAGAGUUAUUGUCAAGUUCUGCAUGUCAUCAGUCACAAACUAAAGAUGUGAAGUGUGCAAAUUUGAAACUUAUAUCAAGAAUUGGAUGUUGUAAAACAUGACAUACGGUUUUUGGUUUUUUGUUGGGUUUUUUAUUCUUUUGGGGGAUGGGGGGGUGGAAUGUGGCUUGGUAAGAGUCUGUGAAAAGUGCAUUCCUUGUGUGGCAUACAAUUUCUUCCCUUCAUUCAGUGUUUGUCUUUGGUUUGCAUUAAUUUUUCAAGCAGGUCAGCCUUUUAUCCUGCUAUUUGUGUCCAUUCUUUCUUGCAUUCUUUUGGCAAAGAGAAAGGCAGUGAAAAAGACUUUACCAUGCAUAGAAGUGCAAGUCACUGGAUGAUGAGUGCUUUUAAUUCAAGAUCCUUGCAUGAAGAUUAUCAACACAGCUAAUUCAAUCUGAAGGGAAGUUAACAUCCUUGUUUGCAUGAGAUGUAUGCCAUUUAUGUCAAAUUUUAGAGCAGAACUGUUGAUAUGAAAAUUGUGUAAACAUAAUGUUUAAGUUGCAACCCUCAUUUUGCCCUUUAAAAACUUGUUAGCAUGUUCCUUAAGGGAGAAGCCUGUUGUCUCUUUAAGGGAGAUGUAUUCAGGGUGCUAAGUGAUGGCAGAUUGUAUGUAAACAGGAAUGGCUUUAUGUGGCUAUUGCUUGUGGAAUUUGGUGUAGCAUAAUUUGCUUGUUAACACCUUUACAUAGAUGUUGCUGAAAAGCAAAACAGAUUAUUGUGUGUGGACUUGAAGAACAAAGAGUGAGAUAUGCAAGGAGCAGAAAUAAAAGAUGGCAAAAGUGUAUGUUUGUGUGUGAGGUAGUAUGCAUGUGCAUGUCUGAGUGAAUACAAGAGAGAGAGGAUGGGUAGUGAAAAGCAGCUACUUUAAAAAAAAAAACACUUUGGUGUAAAUGCAUGUAAUAUAAGGGCAAGUCAUUAAUGAUCUUUGUUAGACAACAUCAAGUAUUCUUUUUUUAGCAGAGGUUACACAUAAAAGAAAAAAAUUAAUUUAAUCUUCGUAAAUUUGUUACCGUAACAAAACAGAACAAGUUUGGGUUUCAUGAUAUAAUUAUAUCAAUGCUCUUAGAACACCCAGCACUUGUGUAGUAAGGCUAUGGUGACAUCACAGUGUGACAAACAGCUACAAGAAAAAAUAUCUGAUCAUUAGAAGAUCCUCAUUGUAUGCUGUUUUAAGUGCACGCUAUUUAAUAUGAUCACUGUCCUGGCUUGAUGCUAGCAUUACUGUCUUGGUAUAUGGUAAAUGUUAUAAUUAGUAUUCUAGUGUCGGCUAAUGUGCAACAAAGUUGUCAAUUUGUGGACUUUGCGUGUAUAGUGAAUAUUAAAGUAAAAUUUAAAGUAUUGUUAAAGCUGUUACCUUAAAGAAAAAAAUGAUUCACAUAAAACCUUUCCAUCAUCUAAGAUAUAUAUGUUAAGCCUAUUUUGCAUGAAAACCUUUAAAACAUGUUGAUUAGAUUAUUUUUCAUGAUGUAUCAUCUAAAUUUAAAAUGUAGGACAUUCACUAUGAUAUGCAGUAUUUUGGAGGACAAAUUUGUGGUGCUUUGAAAUUUUGUCAAAAUUUACUGAAAUAUGCGCAAAGCAUUUUAUUAUAAAUUACACUUUGGUCUGUGUGUUCUUCUAACCAUCAAACAGCCUUAAUGUUACAGAGAGGGUUACACUGAUUAAGAACAUUAGACAAAUACACUUCAACAGCAGGUGUGUGAUUGUUCCAGAUUGCUAUACAAGUUUUGCUCAAGUAAGAGUGUGUAUGUUUGUUCUGAGGAAGUACAUGGAUGUCAUAAAUCCCUUUCUAGCAAUAGUGAAGCAGUACAAGUUGUUCUGGUUUGGCUAUGUGACCUGGCACAAUAUUAAGUACUGGCAGACCAUCACAACUACCUGUUAGCUAGUACCGGUCAAGGGAGGAAUGAACCUUUAUGCAUGGUUGUGUAAUUGUAUUCAGAUUUGUAGAGAUGUUAAUAUGUGUAUGCCUGUUUUUGUUUUAAAAAUGACAUUGUCACCUUUGUGACAUUCAAGGCAUAUUUUAAAUUCUUGAAGCAAUUGUUAAAUGACUUGAUUUUGUGGCACAUUCUUCGAAGGGUAAGUGGGACAUUCAGAGCUGGGGUUUGUGUUUAUGUAAUCCUUUCAUGUACAUAAACAUUCCUAUGACUUUCACACAUUGCAAAAUGAGUAAGUUUAUUUAUUGAAAAAGAAAUGUUUAAGUUUAGAUGGGCAAAUUAAAAAUUUUGCAAGAUUAAAUUAAAGCUUAGAUGGGCAAAUUAAAAAUGUUUCCAUUUUUCAUAAUGGUUAGUGAGGACCUGUAUUAUAGUAUUCCAGUUGGACUUUGAUAUUAACCAGAAAUAGUUUAGUGAAUUGUUAUUGAGGUGUGACAGACCUGAUCAAUUUGCUUAGUAAGUGACCAAACAUAAAAAUGUUUAAGCAUUGUUUAAUCUGUUAAUUCAGAAUCUGCCCCCAAUCAUUAAAUUUUUGAAAUUUGGAUAGAUAAAAACCUUCAAAAUACCAUUUGCAGACAAAGGGACUGUUAGUCUAAAUCUCCCUUUAAGAACAAGCCAGUUUUAUCACAGGAGCAGAGGCAAAAUACUCAGGAUCAUGAUAGUUUGCAUUUUGGCUUGCAGCCCUUGAACUGUAAAACAAACCAGGGUUGAUUAUAAAACCACAGUUGACUUUUUAUGAUAAAAUGUUACAUGCUUUAGAGUGCCUAUAAGAAUGACACCAAUUUCUUUGGUCAUUGUAUGCAACUGUAGAAAUAUUGUGGCUUUCCCAUGAAAAAAUAAACCAAGAAAUGUGAGUUAAACAUUUAAAACAAAGUCUAGUGUUCAUUUUAGUGUUUCCAAUAACAAUGUUUUUACUGGAGACCUUCAUUUAGUUGUUUCUGCAGCAAAAUUUGCUGUUUGUUACUUUUGUAUUUCAGCAUAUGUAUGCUUAACUUCAUGAAAUGCAUCUAUUUUAAAUGGUAGUGAGUUUUGUACAUUAAUUGUGGUUUGUGAACAGUUCUGAAAGGGGCUUCUGUGCUGCUGGCAUCAAAUUCUUAUUUCAGACCUUGAGACAUGAGUGCAUGUGCACGUAGGCCCUGAAAUCUUGUACAGAGUACUUUGUGGUGCUUGUGCACAUUUUGUCCACUUCCAAACAAGUGGAUUUGACUAUUAAUGCUCUUACAUUAUGGGUUUUGUUUAUACCUGUUGUGUUGGUUUAUGAACAUGUUUCUACUUCUUGGGGUGAAAGAACACAAAAUUUUGUCAUGAAUAAAUAAUAUGCAGUGGAAUACAAA